ACGAAAUAAAGAAAAACAAUCAGUCAGUAUUUUCAGAGAAGCGAAGGAAACCGCGUAACCGUAUUCUAGGUAAGAGAGAGGCGUUCUUUAAGGGCGGCUGUAGGUGGAAGAGAGUGGAAAGCAAAUAGACCAUCGCAAACAGUGGUCUGGAGUGGGACGUGAAGAAACCGACUGGACAUCCAAGACCGCAGCAGUCAUGAGGACCACGGCCUACCUUCUGCUUGUGUUUGUGACAUCGAACGCUUACGUUGUCCGGCGGCGUGACCCCUUUGACGACCAGGAAUCCAUGAGGGACGCCCUCGAAGCCUUGGAAAGCCGCCGACUGGGGGACGGGGGUCAAUACUACGACGCUGCCAGCCAAGGUGUUCCAUACGACGAGUUUGACGAUGGUGAAGGUUACGAAAAUACCGAUCCAUAUCUUCUACAGAACCUUCUGGAUGACUCCCGCCUAGGGCAGGGAGACGAAAGCUACGGCGGAGAUGAAGAAUUCGAUCCAUACCCACCCUUUGAAUCCCCGUCAUACGACGACGGUGCUAUGUCUCCAACAAACAGCGAUGAUUUCGUGGGGAUUAAACAGGGGGCGCCACGAGAUGAACCAGUCACACGGGAGGAGCUCGAAGACCUCUUCAAAUCCGUAAAUGACCAGUACCAGGAUCAGGAUCAGGAUCAUGACUCGGCCCAACCUUUGAAGUUAUCCCUAAAGAAGAAAUAUCAACCUUCCCCAAAACAGUUUAAAAAUUCCAACUCUUUAACGGACACGAAAACUCGCCUAAAGAACAUGAACCCACAGCAGAUGCAGGCGCUGCUGGACGAACUACGAGCGGAGGCCUCAAGGGAGGAAAAGCGAAACACCGCCAAGAAGUCAACCUCCGGAGGUGACUCCCUUCAGAAAGUCAAUCAAGAAGAACUUAACUCCAUAUUUGGGUCAGCUGGGAUUAAAAAAAGUGUCAAGAAAGAGGCCAAAGAGGACGUGCCCAGUAACGAGGAAAUGACCAAGAAACGCAAGCGUUCUGGCACAGAUGGACUUAACAGUCGGAACCAAAACAGUGGCACUGAUGACGUUAUAGGAGAUGCAUCAACGAAAAACGGGGACGACCUCGACUUCAGAAAGCUUUAUCAACAAACCGACCUAAAGGCCAACCUCCUUCAAAGAGAAAACGAAUACCUAACAGAUGCCUUGGAUUUGGCAACAUUGAGCCAGUUAAAGGGUGGAAACGACCUGGUCCCCAAGGAGGCAGACAACCUACAGAAAGCGAUGGAAAUCGAGUCGUUGAUUGGUCGCCUGGAGAGGAACAUGGUGCAACAGAUAGGAGUUGAUCUACAUGCCGAUGGGGAGCACCAGGACGAAAAUGAUGAAGAGAAAAAGUCGAAUUUGGAAGAUCUUGGUGAAGAGGGUUACCUCCGAGGCGUGGAGGACAAGAGACAGUCUUCGCCAGAAAAUGCUUAUAAUGACAUUGAUGAAAAACUGUUCCAAAUGCCAAGGCCAGCUGAUGAUGACGAGGACAUGAACACGGCCUACAUACCCGACGGUCCGAUAUAUGCAGACCUGGCACCUACCUGCCCGCUGGUGGACAAGAUUGCAAAUGGCUGCCAGAUUCUCCAAGAUGUUGGUGUCGUACUGGACCUAGAGGCCGCCACUCUGUGCGACAGACAUCUUGUCUGCUAUGCCUGUGGUGCCGCCGUUGGAGGGUCACGUGACAGCUGUGAUCAAGGAUUCCUGGCGGCUGCGGAGCGGGCUUGUCGUGACAGCGAAGAAUGUAAAGAGGGCGCCACAUCAGUUUUACUUGCUCUCCAGAAGUUGCACGCUUUUAACCUGAACAAGCUGAAUGCUUGUCGAGCACCUUGCGUCAUGGAUUUCGUUGUGAAUGGGGAAUAUUAA